AUGCUCUUCUGCCAGAAACUACACUUGCUUAGCUUAGCAAAGAGCUUCUGUUCCCUCAGACGGCCCAACACCGCCCUUAGGUGUCUUUCAAGGUCCUCUUUUGUCUUGGAAUACACGAAAAAGAUUGAAUUCCUCACUAAGAAGGUAGUCUCUCUUAAAGAAAAAGUGAAGUACCUUGAAAGUCUUUUGAACAUUCGUGGAGAAACAGUGAAGGAAACUGAGAAGUCAAAAGAAACUGAAGCCGCCACAAAAACCAAGGUAAAUGGACAGAAUGCCGAUUAUGAACUUGAUAAAACAGAAGGAAAGAAGAAUGAAGUAAGACCUCAAUGUGAAGUAGACCAUCAAGAAGAAGAUGAUACAGAAGUCGAACACGGGGCUAAAGAAAGUGACACAUCAAAAGUCAAUGAAGGACAGACACAAGAGGAAGAGGAACAACAACCAGAAGAUGACACAGAAGUCAAUGCAGAUGUGGACGUCGGUGCUAAAGGAAAUGAAAAUUCAGAAACCAAUGAAGAUGGGGGAGUAAAUGAGGAUGCAUCUAAAAAGUCCGUGAAGGUUGCAAAGAAACGUGGAAGAGGAAAUAAGGGAAUGAAGAAAGGUGUAACACCCCCAAGUGAAGUACAACAACAAGUAGAAGAUGAUGCAGAAGUCGAUGCUAAAGAAAGUGAAAAUCCAGAAGCCAAUGAAGAUGGAGAAGUGAAUGAGGAUGCAUCUAAAAAGCCCGUGAAGUUUACAAAGAAACGUGAAGGAAGAAAUAAGGAACCUAACGUUGACACCUCCAAAUCAAAAAGACAAAAGAAACAAUCUGAGAAAGAUUCAGCUGGUGAUGUGAUAGGACGUGUAUUGAAAGAUCUGAAAAAAGCCGAUUAG